AUGCAGCUACGAAAGGAUUAUCAUGUAGAGGUUAAUGAACAUGCUGCUCUUAUGGUGGUCACUAGCUGCCAAGAAAAAAUCCAGCACUGGAAGAAGGUAGAGAGUGAUUAUGAGGCUCUUCAAGAACGACUCAGUACAUUGCCGGAUAAACUGUCUUAUGAUAUCAUGGUACCUUUUGGUCCCCUUGCCUUCAUGCCAGGAAAACUUGUCCAUACCAAUGAGGUCACUGUUCUGCUUGGGGAUAACUGGUUUUCCAAAUGCUCAGCCAAGCAAGCUGUUGGCCUAGUUGAGCACAGAAAAAAACACGUAAGGAAAGCACUGGAUGAUUUCCAAAAAGUCAUGAAGAAUUUUGAAUCCAGAGUUGAAUUCACAGAAGAUUUGCAGAAAAUGAGUGAUGCCGCAGGUGAUAUUGUUGAUAUAAGAGAAGAAACUGAAAAUGAUGCUACUGAAACAAAAGGCAAACGCAGAACUGCUCACAAACCUCAUUCAAAGCCCAAAGUGUCAGAUGUUUUUGAAGUCAAUUUUCAAGAAAAUGGAACUGAUGCAAAAUCCAGAGGCUGUUUUGAAUCUGAGGAAGACCUGUGGGCUCGACUGGAAGAGCUUGAGAGACAAGAAGAAAUGCUGGGUGAACUAGAUAGAACACCUGAUGCAGUAGAUGCAAAUGGAGAAGAUUCAGCUUCCUCUGAAGAGGAGAAGGAAGAUAAGACAGAUCUGAAUGUGGUACAUAGAGUUGAAGACUGUGUUACUCAGGGCAACUUCCAGAAAGAAGUAACAAAUUCAGAAUUGUUCAGUGGCCAAGUUAAUGGCUCAAGUCAUUAUCACAGUGAUGAUGAAGAUGAUUUAGGAGUUGGAGAUAACAGUGUACCUACCAUAUUUUUCUCUCAUACUGUUGAACUUAAAAGGGUAAGAAUAAACACAGGAAAAAAUACUACUUUGAAAUUCAGUGAAAAGAAAGAGGAGGCAAAACGUAAAAGAAAGAAUAGCAAUGGCAAUGGACAUUCAGCUCCAGAACUACCUAACAUCAAAACACCUGCAGACAUUUACCGAGUCUUUGUUGAUGUUGUGAAUGGAGAAUAUGUCCCUCGUAAAUCAAUUUUGAAGUCUCGAAGCAGAGAGAAUAGUGUUUGUAGCGAUACCAGUGAGAGCAGUGCUGCUGAGUUUGAUGACAGACGAGGAGUUCUGAGGAGUAUUAGCUAUGAUGAAGCUACUCACAGUGACAACAGUGAAGGGAUAUUGGAGGAGGAAGAGGAGGAGGGACAGGAGCAUCUUCCAAAAAAACUUCCACCUUCAUCAGGGACAUUUGAGGCUUUUUCUGGAACUGUUAUAGAAAAAGACCCUUUGUCUCCCUCCUUAAUACCACACCCAAGCAUUGCUCACCCUGGCCUGCCUACCAUUCCAGAGCGAAAAUCAGAGGAAGUUCUGUCUGAAGCAUCAGAAGGAACUACAAAGAGGAUUUCAAAAUUCAAAGCUGCCAGAAUGCAACAGACUAACUAGGUCCUGCCUACACAAUGGAAGUUUGAAUAUUAACACCUAGUUUCACAUUUGUUGAGAUUAUGUAAAACUAUGUGCAUUACACCUAGGUAGUAUAAAAGGCAUCCUAUGUUAAUUUGGCAUCAUUUUAUCAAUUUAGAUCGCUAUUGUUGAUGGGGGUUUUUUUCUUUUAAAGAAAAGUUAAGUGUUUGAACACUUCAAUAUUCAGUUUAUUUUGUCAAUUUCCCUGUAUGCUGUCAGCACCUUUGUAUAUGUUUGCCUUAUGAUAGCAGCACUUGGAAUUAUUUUCAAAGAAUACUUCUCACACGCAUUGUUUUUGUGUUUAAACCUAAAUACAGGCAGUUUUGUACCAGCUGUGAUGUUCUACAUACCAUAUGGACCAUUUUAAGGAAACUUUUCAAAUUUAAAAUGAAUCCAACAAUUAUAUUUCAUUACUUGCUUUAGCAUUUUAAGACAUGUAUUCACAUUGUUGUAGAUUUUGCAACUAGGUGUCUGCUAAAAGUUGAUUUUUUUCCUUCUGUUAAUUCUAAUAUCUUACUGUACAGAUCUAUAAAUCAGAAUGCUGUGUUCAUUGCAGGGAAGUUUCUUUGAUUGAAAAGGGUAUUUUGUAAAAUUAAACUUUUCAAGUAAAAAAAA